CUUUUUCUGUCUUUCUGUCUUGUCUUUUCUUAUCCUAACAUCACCUCCGUCUUUCUGCCUUCUGUCUUCUCCUAUACGCUCAUUCACAAAUGCAAACAGACACAAAGAGAGACAAGUGCAGGUCCCUAGACAGCUGGUCUUGCGUCACAGAGAGCGCAAGUCGAGCCUCUUCUGUAUGCAGUUUAGCCAGCUCAGCUCUACAGCGUGCAGACAGAGGAGGAGAGGAGGUCAGGUGUGUGUGUGUGUGUGUGUGUGUGUGUGUGUGCGCGCACAGGGUGAAUGAUCGCCUGGAUAUUUCACAGAAGAUAAGAGGGAUACAGAUCUGUUAACCUUGGAUAGCACGACUGGACAGCUUUAAAUGAAGGAAUCAAUGUCUUUCCAGCCUUGACCAUGCAUCAUUGUUAACAAAGUCAUUGUGUUUUUUUCUGGCAAUCAAGCUGUGACAGGAAUCUACAUGAUUUGGGUUUUCUUUCAGGGUCCAACCAGGCAGCUAUGAUGGUUGGAAAGUCAGUCAGGCAGUGGAGGUCCAUCGGUAAGGGACUGAUCCUGGGUGCGCUCCUGACCACCUGCAUGAUUCUUUUGUACUGCCUGUCGGCCCCAGAGGUCCAGUUUGGCCUGCAAGAGGUCCCAGUACCUUACUCAUGUGCUCAUCGCCCUUCUGCCGUCCACUCCUCAACGAUCUCUAACAGCUCCCAUCAUGCCUCUGGGCAGCGAACCUGCACUCCUCAAGUGGACAUCAUGUUCAUGAAAACCCAUAAAACAGCUAGUAGCACUUUCCUCAACAUUCUCUUUCGCUUCGGCGAAAAACACCACCUCAAAUUUGCCUUCCCCAACAGCCGCAAUGACUUCUUCUACCCUUCCCCUUUCCAUCGCUCACAAGUGAAGGACUACAGGCCCGGAAUGUGUUUCAACAUCAUCUGUAAUCACAUGCGUUUCAAUGCUGCUGAGGUGGCCAAAGUGCUUCCAGCCGACACCUCGUACAUCACAAUCCUCCGGGACCCGGCUGAUCUCGCGGAGUCCUCGUUCCACUAUUUUGGACGCGUUGUACCUCUCACUUGGAAGCUUUCUGGAGAUGAUAAGCUGAGAGAGUUCCUGAAGGAUCCGAAGCUCUAUUACGACCCAGAGGGAUUCAAUUCGUUCUAUCUUAAAAACUUGCUUUUCUUUGACUUUGGACAGGAUAAUAACUUAAAUCCAGAUGACCCAAAAGUGGACGUGGCCAUUCACGCAAUCGCCAAGCGCUUCCAUUUGGUAAUGCUGGUGGAGUAUUUCGAAGAGUCACUCAUCCUGCUCAAGGAUGCACUCUGCUGGGACAUGGAGGACUUGCUUUUCUUCAAACUCAAUGCCCGGAAAGGUUCAACUGUGUCUAAACUGACCCCAGAGCUCAGGGCCAAAGCACUGGAGUGGAACGCCAUCGACUGGAAGCUUUACCAGUAUUUCAACACCACAUUCUGGAAUAAAGUAGACACUUACGGCAGAGAGCGCAUGGCGAGAGAUGUUGCAGAGCUGCGGCGCAGAAACGCAGAGAUGGCUUCUAUUUGCAUUGAAGGAGGCCACGCUGUCGAUGCAGGAAGCAUCUUGGAGACAUCCAUGCAGCCGUGGCAACCCAUAGGUGAGAAGUCGAUUAUGGGAUACAAUCUGAAAAAGAAUGUGGACAAAGCGCAUGGAAAGCUCUGCAGGAAGAUGCUCACGCCAGAGCUGCAGUAUCUCACUGAUAUGGGUGUCAACCUGUGGAUAACAAGACUGUGGGGUCGCAUAAGAGAGAUCCUUCACUGGUAGCUCAGAAGAAAUGCUUUGCUUAGGUGAAAGGUCAGCACUGACUUUAUGGGAGCUUGUUUCCGCCAGAUAAUAAAAGAUUAAAAUCUCAUUGUGACUUUUAGCUCACAAUUCCAGCUUUUUUUCUCACAAUUCUGAAUUUAUGUCUCACAGUAAAGACAUUUUUAUCUGAUUUGUUUCUUCCACAAAUUACACUUUUUCUCAUUAGAAUUGCAAUUUUUGCAAUUAACCUUUUUUUUCUCUUUUCUUUUUUUUUUUUUUUUUUGAUAAAAACUAUAUCUCGAUAUAACUCUUUGUUGUUUUAACAGGCUUAUUUCUAAAAUUUAAAAAAUAUGAAUGUUAAUGGUGAAUUUUUAUCGUAAACAUCUGACUUUUCUUCUCAGAAGUUUGUCUUUAUUUAUGAGAUAUAAAAUACAAUAAGAUUUUUUUUCUUUUUUUCAGAGUUAGAAUAAGUUAACAUAUCACAAUUCACAGUUUAUAUCUUGCAAUGCCUUACCAAUCAAAAAAAGUGUCUAAAUUUGGGAGAUAUAUACUUGCAAUUCUGAGAAAUAAAGUUUGAAUUGUGGAAGAAAAAAACUGCAGAAAAAGAGAGAGAAAGUUGUGAGAUUUAAAUUCUGAAUUGCAAUAUAUAAACUCGCAAUCUGGAGAAGACCGAAUUGUGAAAGAAGGUCUGAAUUGCAAGAUAAAAAUUCUACAAAUAAUACAAAUUCUAGCAAUUCUUCAAAAAAGAGUUGGUGUUUUCUUUUAUUCUGUGGUGGAAAUAAGUUUCCAUAGACUUGUAUACAACCGACCAAAAACCUGUUUUUCUGUGUCAGAAAGAAUUAAAAACAUUAAAAGACAUGACUGAAUAAAACAUUUUCAUAUUUAAAUGAAUCUUACCCAAAUAAGUGGUGACAGUCACAUCUUUAACAUGUAAGUUUUGUGUUCAGAUAUGUACUGUAUGUCACCGCUAUGUAUUGCAUGUAUGUAGUGUGUGGGUGCUUGAAUCAAUCAUCAAAAUGACCUCAUUCUUUGAAGCUCUUAUAGUCGGUGCCAAUGGCAAUAGCAAUAAUAAUUUCUUGAACUGGUUUAGAUUCAUUCUGAACUUGAGCUUUACUGUUAUCAUCACAUGAAUGAUACAGUAAAUAACUCUGGCUUGGAUGUUGAGUGGAGAGGUGCUUUUAAGCUGAAAUGUGAUGAUGUCUUGGGCUUCACGUGGAAGAGGCCUCUGAGCAGCAAUGAAAUCCAUGAAAGAUGACAAAA